AUUAAUAGGUAUUUUAUUUUAUGACGCUAUUUUUUCUAAGCUAUUUUUUUAAAGAGAGAAAUUUCAAUGAUGUUGCCAUGUGAAUGAGAUUCGGGGCUGUGAUGCUCGGAAGAAAGAUGAACAGUGGCUUACUGUUCAUUUGGUUGUGUGCUCUCUGCGGAGUAAAGAGCUCGUCAAACUACCUACAAAACUGUAAGAACACCAAAAUCGAGGAGAAUGUCACGCUAAAAGGAGGCAUAGGAGCAGGAACUUUUCGAAAGCUUGGUAAAGUUACCAGCAUGGAGUCUUGUAUUGAACUGUGUUGCAAAACUGCGACUUGUGAUGUUGCCUUCCUCUCGGCUGCUAAGUGCUAUGGAGUCGAAUGCGUGAGUGAUGACGAGUGCAAGGCCACAGCUACUGAUACAUCUGAUAUUAAGGUGCUCAUAGCACACGUGCGAACAGGCCAUAAGAAAGAUAACACAUCAUUAGCUUUUAUUACUCCUAACUUCACAUCGAAUGUUAAACCACAUCCAAAUGGUUUCUUGGGCUCAAAUCAGGGAGGCCUAUCUGCUAACACGCCAAAAGGUCUCAUCGCACAGGGACAAACAUCAUCGAGCAUUGUUAACCCAUCUAUGGCUGGGCAAUGCCAGCCAGGAAAAAUUUUCAAAGAAGUGACUUUAAAAGGAGGCAUUAAUGCCGGUACAUAUAAAGAUGUUGGCUCUGUGAAAAGCAUGGAGGAAUGUUCUGGUAAAUGCUGCGAGUUCGCGGCUUGUGAUUUAGCGUUUAUGCUUUCAAGUAGAUGUUAUCUUGUUGGAUGUUCAGAAGGCAAAAACUGUCAGAUACAAAAAGCAAAGCCUUCUCCGUAUCAUCCAUCUGUGACUUACAUUGAAAGAUGGAACAAGGAGGGCGUGAAACAUUCAGUUUUUCUUGGCGACUCAGCCGAAACCAAAUUCACAUGUCCCGCGGUGAAGCCGCUGACCAAGGUGACAUUAAAAGGAGGACUCAAAGCUGGAGACUUCACAGACACAGGCAAGGUUGGAAGCAUAAAGGAAUGUUACGAGACUUGCUGCCAACAUCCCACGUGUAAUCUGGCCUUUAUGCUGGGCCAAAAUUGCUUCUCGGUCAAAUGUUAUAACAAAGACUUGUGCAGUACAAUUCCUGCGCAGCCUUCCAUCUUCAAUCCACAAAUUGCGUAUGUUUGGAACAGAAAUGAGAUGAAAAAUGACUCACCUAAAAACAAGAUAUUAAAACCUCAGCUGGUUUGCCCAGCUGGAAAAGUUUUAGACAGCGUAACUCUUGUCGGUGGAAUAAAAUCUGGGUACUUCCGCGAUCAAGGAAAAGUUAAAGAUAUGGACAAAUGUCGACGAAUCUGUUGUGAGAUGCCACACUGUCAUUUGGCCUUCAUGCUGUCUUCAAAUUGCUUUUCGGUAGCAUGCAAAAGCGCUGAUGCGUGUAAGACUCAGGGAGCUAAUCCAUCGAGAUACAACCCUAAAAUAUCAUAUGUAAGGGAUUUUAAGACAAAUGCACUGCUAGGAGUCCCAAAAGUAACAGAAACACAAACAAAAGAAACCAUCCCAAGUUUGACGCAAACCCAGUUGGUACAGCCGACCACGCCAGGACAGCCACCCCAGAUCCCUGGACUGAGAGGUCCAGCAGCAGACGCGACACAAAUGGCUCAGUUUUCGCAGACGCAAAUGCAAGGACAGAACCCUCUGAUCAGCCUACAGCAGCCGCCAUCACCAUUGGCGCCACCUCCACUUCCUCCGUCUCCAUUUGGGUCCAACCCACCCGUCGAACAGAAUCCUAUGAUGCCACAACCAGGGAUUUCACCUGGCAACAAUGCAGCAGGUAUGCAGCUUCCAGUCCCCCUCACAACACCGGCAGAGAAGAUAGCACCAUUGGUACCACAAACUCCCGCAGAAAUUCAACCAAUCACAAAUCAGCAGGAGACCAAGAAAACCGACAUUGCGGCUGCGCAGACAGAUCAAAGCCUCAAGAGUCAGAUCAAGUCAGCUGCAGCUGGCCAAGCUAUGAAAAUGAACAUCGUAAACGGAAAAAUCGAAUUGACUCCCGUCGGAGCAUCGAAUGUAUCUGAAGACGCCUCUGGCAAAACUUCGGAUACAUCCCAUUCUUCCGAGUUGAAAGACAACGAAAAAAGCGACUCGGGAAAAAAAGCCUGUGAGAAGGUGAAGGUGCAUAAAAAUGUAACUUUGAAGGGUGGAAAGAAAGCUGGAAAGUUUAACAAUCAUGGUGACGUGCAAGGAAUGGAUGAAUGCCAGGAUAUAUGCUGCAGGGAUGGAAAGUGCAACGUUGCAUUUAUGCUCGGCAAGACAUGUUACUCCGUAGCAUGUAAAAGUAAAGAACUAUGUGAACACUCAAAAGCUCCCCCAACGGAUUACAAUCCUCAGCUUUCUUAUGUGAGACCAAUGAAAACUUCGGAUAAAAAAGAAUCCAGUAAAGCACCCGCUAUCCCGCUAGAGCCCAAAGACCUCAAAUGCAAACAUAGCAACAUUACAAAUGACAAAGAUCUCCCAGGUGGAAUUCACAAAAACAACUUCACAAUUGUCAAAGACGUGGACACUAUGGGCAAAUGUAUGGAAAAAUGUUGCGACAGUAAGAAGUGCGAUAUAGCUUAUAUGGUGGAGAACAAAUGCUAUUCUGUGUCAUGUUCCAGCAAGGAUUUCUGUAUUCCAGUCUCGGUAAAGGCCUCUAAGAAGACACCUCUGAUCUCUGCGAUGUUGAUAAAAGCGGAGCCUAAAGAAGAAAUAGAUUUAUCCGCGGUUGCUUCUUCACCAGAAGAUUCUGCAACUACAGAGCUGGCCUCUAAUUCUGCCACGUGCAUGUUGGACAGCAGAAUAUCCAAUGAUAUCAAACUUCGGCCGGGAACUAAGGCUAGUAACUUCACAGCUCUAGGUAGGGCAGAUGAUAUCCACCGGUGCAUCGGACGAUGCUGUGCUCGCCCCUCGUGUGAUAUCGCUUAUUUAUUAAAUGGGAAGUGUUUCGCGGUUCAAUGUCUUGACGGUGUCUUAUGCCAGACAAGUGCUGAGCCCGUAUCAGAAGGGGCAAACGUCAAGUUGGCUUAUAUGAACAGAGGAUCGUCCGGUCAAAAGGAAAAAGACUGGAUGAUCGUGUACAUUAUAGCUGCUUCCUUAGCUUUCGUGGCUGGAAUCGGCGGAGUAAUAUGGGCUGUGUGCAUUUGCACGAAAAGACAAAAGCUUCGUAAACAAAGGAGAAUGCUGGACGAUGACGAAGAUGAUGAAAUGCUUCCCAAACCCACACAGACACGAUACAGAACCCCGAUGCCAAGAUACUAAACAAGGCAGGCUCCUAACUAUGACAACGUACCUUGUACCCGUCACCCGAUCUUUAUGUCCAUUUACGCGCCAACCGUCGGUAACAUUCAAAAAGGAAUAUUUUAUACUUUGCAUCAACUAACGGCCCAGAAAAGACUUCAAAGCGUUUAGCAGGCUUUAGAAUCGGUGGUGAAUUAAGAAGCUACCGUCGAGAAGAUUGAUGGUCACUUCAAAUAAUGAUGGCAUUGGUCUAACCUUUAACUUAAAUGCCCUUUGGUAUGCAUGCAACCGCUGGUCAUUAAGAGCAGCGACUUGGAUCGCAAGUAGAGGAAACUAAACUUGCACUCUUUAAAUACGGGCUCGGUGACAACACCACCAACAAAAGAAGUUAUGAGCAAAAAACGUUGAUGAUACUUGGCGAUCGCUUCCUCGUAAAUUUUAUUGUUUCGCGUUUUGCAUGCCAAAACCUCUGUAAGUUGAAAUAAUAAAAGGCUGUUUUCUAGGUAAAUAGCGCAACUUUACACGAUUUUGUUUGUACAGUAAACAUUGCGAUCAGGACUACGAAGUUCCAGUUAAAUUACCUUCUCUUUCCUAGAUUGCUUUUUGUUCCAACGUUGAAAAAGCUCGUAUUGGCGACAAAAAAUGUUAUGCCGACAAAACACUCUUACGUGUUCAAUGGAAAGGACCUACGAGGCCCUUUGAUGAAUGUUUCCCCAACAAUCUAGACCUUUUCAAUUAAUUUCCAUAUGGCAGGAAAUCAACCAGCAUUCAGCUUGCUUUUUAAAGCCAUCGAAAGUUCAAAUACCCUCCAAGUUUCAUGGCUCUUUCUUUGGCGAAAGUUUUUAAACCAGUGGAAUUAUUCAACUCUGUGCACUGAAGUAACAUGCAGCCAAAAUGAUCAGAACUGGAAUAACAUUGUACAUGUACU